AUGGCGCGGUCAGCCAGCAAACGCACGAUAGAGGAGAUUGCCAAUAAAUCCGACUCCGAUGACAUUGAUUACAGCGACCAUCCUGUGCGCUCGUCUCGGAAUUCGGCGACAAGAUCCAAGAAGAAAAAGAAGAAGACGAAGCCCGUGAAGAAGAGAAGGCGUCGAGAUUCCGACGAUGAUUUGGAUUCUGACGACAUCUUGAGUGAGGUUGAUGAACUGUCGUUGCCAGAAUCAGAAGAGGAGGAUGAAAAUGUGGAGAAGAAUGCGAGAGGAAUUGCGCUGAGGAAAGCUGUCCGGAACCGGCCGGUUUACAAGGAAGAAGAUUCUAGCGAAGAGGACAAUGAGGUAGAGGAACACGAGGCGGAAGAAGAUGACCGGGAGAAGGCGAAGCCCCCAACCCGGAGCAAAGCGAGCAAUGUGAUUACUCUGAAGAUCAGCAAAUUGAAGCGUCAAGCUCCUGAUGUCCCACAACAACCUACCCGGCGCAUCACUCGGCAUACCCGUGAUCGAUCUGAGGAUAUGUACGCGCUUACGAAUUCUGGACGUCAUGUGGAAACCGUUGAGCGAGGCACGCGCAGCCCAGAACCACAGUUACAUCGACUGCGACGCGGCUCUAAAACUGUCCACGCGAAGAGUACAAUUGAAGAAGAAGAAGAUAGCUCCGCCCAAGCCAAGCCAGACGAGGAGGGACAACAGGAAGACGAUGUUGCAGAAGUCAAGGGCUCUCAAGUGGAGAUACUAGAAAGCGAUCCUCAAGGGGAUUUCGAGGAGGGCCUGCCCGCCGCUGAGAAAACAGACGGGAACAAUGCCGAGGUCGAGAUGGAAGAUGACGGUGUUGUCCCAGAGUCCGAGCACGGUGAGGCGAAGGGGGAAGAAGAAGAUGACGAUGAUGAAGGCCCAACUACGAGGAGAAGGAAUCGACCUGGUCGGCAAGCGCCCGCUGAGGAAGCAGAGCAGCAAGAGGAAGUUUCACGAACCCCUCGUUCCACUCGCAAAAGACCCGCGAGAUCCUCUCAGCGCAAGCAACAAGACGAAAGUGACUUUGAGCCGACCGAAGAUGAGACGGACGAUGAUGACUUCUCUGAUUCGGUGCGGUCGAAUGUGUCACCUCGUAAGGGAGAGGCCGGUGAUGAUGAUGACGAGAGCAGUCACGGGAGACGUCCCGGUCUCCGUAAGAGGAAAUCCCAAUCGCGUGGACGUGGAGAUUCCGAGGCGGCCGUGGACAUCGCCGAAGAAUUGGCCGAGGAGCUUGAAGAUUUGAAAGGCGAUCGACCUCGACGCCGAGCACAACCGGAGAUUAUCUAUGAAAACAAGCCUCGCCGUAGCCGGAAGGACGUCGAUUACCGCCUUAUUCGUCCCGAUCUUGCGCUCCCAAUCGAGGAAGCAGAGAACGAGCCCGCCGAAUCUCCUUCACGCCGUGGUCGAGGCGGCGGAGGUGGCGGUUACCAGCGAACGUUGUUCUCGACUUUGGGGCCGUUCGGCGGGGCUGGAACAGCAGCUGUUUUGGGUCCGCCUGGUGGCGUGCCCGGGGCGACUGCCGGUGUGGACAGCGACAGCAGCGAUGAUGAGACUAUGCAAAGAGGCCCUGUUGGUGCUGGAAUGCCUUCGACUCAGGGUCCCGGAGGACCGAGCUUGGUGACCCCGGCCCAGACUCACGGCGCUGAUGCUGCUGCCCAAGGUCUUUCGGGAACUCCGGCAAAUUUUGGCAAAAUCAAAGAUAAACAAGCUCUAGCUGAUUCUGACCCCCUUGGAAUCGACCCUAAUGUCAAUUUUGACAGUGUUGGUGGAUUGCAAGGACACAUUGACCAACUGAAAGAGAUGGUUUCCCUUCCACUACUGUACCCGGAGAUCUUCCAAAAGUUCCACAUCGUUCCCCCCAGAGGAGUUCUCUUCCAUGGACCUCCGGGAACAGGUAAGACGUUGAUGGCUCGUGCUUUGGCAAACAGCGUGAGCUCGGAAGGUCGCAAGGUCACCUUCUACAUGAGAAAGGGCGCCGACGCGCUGAGCAAGUGGGUCGGGGAGGCUGAGAGACAACUUCGUCUGCUUUUUGAAGAGGCUCGUAGGACGCAACCGAGUAUUAUCUUUUUCGAUGAGAUCGAUGGACUCGCGCCUGUGAGAUCGAGCAAACAAGAGCAAAUCCACGCCUCUAUUGUGUCGACUCUGUUGGCUCUCAUGGAUGGUAUGGAUGGACGAGGCCAAGUGGUUGUAAUUGGUGCAACAAAUCGGCCAGACUCCAUUGAUCCUGCCCUUCGUCGACCUGGCCGUUUUGACCGUGAAUUCUACUUUCCCCUUCCGAACAAGGAGGGUCGACGUGCCAUCUUGGACAUCCACACUCGAGGCUGGGAUCCACCACUCCCUGACCACGUCAAGGAUGAGCUAGCAGAGUUGACGAAGGGCUAUGGAGGUGCAGAUUUGCGCGCUCUCUGCACCGAGGCUGCCCUCAACGCGGUGCAACGGCGGUAUCCCCAAAUCUACCAGUCUAGUCAAAAGUUGCUGAUCGACCCGAAGACGAUCGAAGUCACGCCGAAAGACUUCAUGAUGUCGCUUAAAAAGAUGGUGCCUUCCUCGGAGAGAUCGACAUCUUCUGGAGCGUCACCGUUGCCGAAAACAGUGGAACCGUUGCUACGUCACCCUCUCACCGAGAUAAAGAAGAUCCUCUCUGAUAUUCUACCACUGCGGAAGCAACUAACCGCGUUGGAGGAGGCUCAGUUUGAAGAGCCAGAGGGCGGCGGUAGCUUCAGAAGGGAACAGAUGCAGCAAGAGUUCGAUACAUCACGAGUAUUCCGACCUCGACUGCUCAUCCGAGGGUUGCAAGGCAUGGGUCAACAGUACCUAGCUGCGGCUGUUUUGCACCAUUUUGAAGGGCUUCAUGUACAGUCCUUCGAUCUCGCAACGCUCCUAAGUGAUUCUACGAGGUCUCCGGAAGCCGCCGUUGUCCAGCUUUUCGCUGAGGUCAAGCGGCAUAAGCCGAGCGUUAUCUAUAUCCCCAAUGUCCAAACUUGGUACAAUACCGUUGGGCAGACCGUGAUCUCGACGUUCCUUGGUCUGCUUCGUUCCAUUCCGCCGACGGAGCCAGUCUUGCUUCUUGGUGUUCUCGAAGAAGAUGAUGAAGAGGUUGAUGCAGGAAUGUUGAAAUCGCUCUUCGGUUAUUCCAAGAAGAACCUUUACGUUCUGACGCCUCCGGACCACUCGGCGCGUUAUGAGUUUUUUGGGAAAUUAAUUGAAUACGUCAAGACAUCACCAGCCGAUUUCCCUGACCCGGACAACCGCAAGAGAAGAAAGCUGGAGCCGUUAGAGGUCGCACCGCCUCCGCCGCCGAAACCUCCGACGCCGCCAACCAAGGAGCAAUUGAAAGCUCAAAAGAAGAAAGACCGCCAGACGCUGAAUCUCCUGAAGAUCAGGAUCCAACCUAUCAUGGAUCAGAUCAAGAAGUACAAAAGGUUCAGAACCGGUGUGAUUGACGAAUCCCAGAUUCGCUAUCUGUUUGAGGAGGACGAUCCUCAAAUUGUAACGAGCGAUCUGCCGGUAGAGCAGAGGACGACCUUCCGUCCUUUCGAGAAGGAUUACGACAAGCAUGGAGUCCCUGGUUUGCGGGAAGUUGUGUCUGGAAAAUUCUACUACAAUUUAGAGAUCGUGACCAUUGAGAAGCGUCUUUCCAAUGGAUACUACAAGCGACCGAAAGACUUCCUUGCCGACAUCAAACGGUUGGCCAAAGAUGCCCGCCAGCUUGGAGAUCAGGAACGAAUUUUACGAGCAAAUGAACUGUUGUCAAACGUUGAAGUCGAUAUUGCCACUAUCGAGCAAACCGAUCCUGCCUUGGUUGCUGAAUGCGAGAAUGUCUACCAGCGAGAACUUGAGCGAGAAAGGCUCGCAAUGGAGAAAGCGAAGAAGGCAGCAGAAGGCGAUAACUCUAUGGCACCACCGCCUUCCAACGUGCCACAUGGAAAUACGGAAUCCAGCGUCUCUUCGGGUCCUGUCGUCUUGGGCCAGCCCCUUUCCAACGGUCCGUCAAACCAGGCUGCGCGGCCCACCACUCCAUCGCGCCCAUCCAGCGUUAGUUUCAUGACCAACGGAUAUCACGGUCCUGGUGGCGGUUCCGAUCUCAACGAGGGCGGGGUUCAUGUCCCAACUAGCAAUGACUCACACCCUUCUCGAGGAGAUGGAGAUGGCGAUACAUACAUGACCAAUUCGGAUGAUGUGGACUACAGGGGGCGGGAGACAGCGAACAGUUCAUUUGGUCCGUCCGCUCAGCCUAAGCCGCCGCUUUCUCAUACUGCCCCUUCCCAACAGAUCCGGAGAGAAUCAGGCCUCUCCAGUUUGUCUCAAAAGGGGCCCAUGACUCCGAUGGCACCUGGAUCUCAACCGGGCGACUAUGCGAACGAUGCUUCCACCACGCAGACCACCUCCGACAAGAAGACGUCGGACCAAUCCACUGGACCCCAGCUUUACACACAGAGUCCAGCGGCUGGCAGUGGCCCGCGGACCGAAUAUCCAGAUCUUACCUCGUAUCCUGACCGCAUAUCUCAGGAGGAACAUCUUCCGGACACCCAGCAAGAUUUGACCUAUUCCCAAGGAAGCGUUCCGAAUGGAAGCCAGUCGCAGCAAAAGUCACAUUUCCAGCAUGCAUCGCAACAGCCUCCAGUGCCACGUUUCGGGGAUCCUAGCAGACAACAGUCGCACCAGUACUCCAAUAUCCAGUCACUCCUUAAUAACGAAGAAGCAGCUCCAAAGCUUGUCAUUGAUAAUCGAUAUGUGGAACAGCUUCACCAGCAGUUAACGCAACAGACAAGCGGCUGUUCGGUGGAACAGUUGGAGCAGAUUAAUAGCCAAUUGAUGGAUUGCCUGUGGAAGAUGCGAGGAGAGUGGGAUAGGACCAAGGUCGCAAGUGCUAUCAAGGAUACAUUCAAUGAGGUGUUGGAAGAUAUGCUGAACAACCAGGAGAUUGCGUCCAUGAGCCAGAAGACCAAGGAGCAGCUGGGCCCCCGGCAGUUGGGCACAUCACGGCUCCAAAUGCAGUAG